AUGGCCAGCUUUGCUAGCUCAUCCGUUACUUGGUUCUCCGAUCUGGGGAUCUUCAGAGUCCUGUGUGCUCGGCUCGACCACAUGGGAGGCAGCUGGGUUGACGAGCUCCCUAGUGUGAUAUGGGCUCUUCGCACGACUCUGAAAGAGGCGACCGACGUAACCCCAUUUCAGUUAGUAUACGGUGGUGAAGUAGUUGUCCCCAUGGAGGUCGGGGUAGAAUUCGAUCGGAUGCAGCACUACGACGAAGGAAACGCCGAACGGAGGUUGAUGGAGCUCGACUUGGUGGACGAAGCAAGGGCAAAAGCCGCUGUUCGGCAGACAGCCUAUCGGCAGUGCAUGAAGCAGAAUUACAAUCGACGAGUGAUCCCGAAGUUCUUCCAGGUCGAUGGCCUCAUCUAG